AUGGCGCAGUCCACCGCCCACCGCCGCCUUCUCCAAGAGUACCGCGCGCUCACCAACAAUCCACCAGAGGGCAUCACCGCCGGCCCCAUCUCAGAAGACGAUCUCCUCCACUGGGAAUGCCUUAUCCAAGGUCCUGAGGGUACUCCCUUCGAGGGCGGUGUCUUCCCAGCUGAGCUCAAGUUCCCCAAGGACUAUCCUCUUGCUCCGCCAUCUAUGCGCUUCCUCGCCGAUGUGUGGCACCCAAAUGUUUACCCCAGCGGUCUAGUCUGCAUCUCUAUCCUACAUCCUCCCGGUGACGAUCCCAACCACUACGAGCACGCUUCGGAACGAUGGUCACCUAUUCAAUCUGUUGAGAAGAUCCUCAUCUCUGUCAUGAGCAUGCUUGCUGAGCCCAACGAUGAAUCCCCGGCAAACGUCGAAGCAGCAAAGAUGUGGCGAGAGCGACGCACCGAAUACGAGAAUAAGGUCCGUGAGGGCGUUAGGAGAAUGCUGGGUCUAUAA